GAAAGGAGCCGAGAGAGAGAGAGAGAGAGAGAGAGAGAGAGAGAGGUGAGAGGGCGGGGCCGGCUUCGGAAGGCGCGACAGGCCCCGCCCACUUUUGGGCCCGGGGUUUGGCACGACCGCGCCCCCAAUUGCCCCUGAGAGGAAUGGCGGGGGUGCAGCCCUAAACUCCCCCCAGAAGCGGGCCCAGGCCUGGCUGGAUUCCGAGCCGGAACCCGCCUUCUUCACCCGGAGCGAGCGCCUGCCUGCCUGCCUGCCUGCCUGCCUGCCUGCCUCUCCUUCCCUGCCUCCCGUGAGGGAAAACGAGGAUUCUGUGGAGCCACUUCUUGAGUGCAGUAAGGAAACCAAUAAUAUUGGAAGAAGAAUUCCUCUCAAGGUGAUGACCUUGCUGAAUUCCUGAUCUCUCUUACAGAGAAGAAAGGAAGAAAGAAGAGUCAAAUAUCUGUAUUGCAAUUAAACACCCAUAUCACUGUUGACAUGACUGAGAAAGUAUCUGAAUGCCCGGAGUGUGGAAAGAGUUUCACUCGGAAGCAUGAUCUGCAACGACAUGAAAGGAUUCACACUGGGGAAAAGCCGUAUACAUGCCUGGAGUGCGGAAAGGGAUUCACUCAUAGCUCAGGUCUGUGUUCACAUCAACGGACUCACACUGGGGAAAAGGCCUAUAUAUGCCUGGAGUGCGGAAAGAGCUUCACUGAGAGUCGAAGCUUACGUUUGCAUCAAGGGACUCACACUGGAGACAAACCCUAUACAUGCCAGGAGUGUGGAACAAGUUACACUCGGAAGCAUCAUCUGCAGGAACAUGAAAGGACUCACACUGGGGAAAAACCCUAUAUAUGCCUAGAAUGCGGAAAGAGUUUCACUCGGAAGCAUCAUCUGCAGCAACAUGAAAGGACUCACACUGGGGAAAAACCCUAUACAUGCCUGGAGUGCGGAAAGAGCUUCAGUGAGAGUGGAAGCCUACGUGUGCAUCAAGGGACUCACACUGGAGAGAAACCCUAUACAUGCCUGGAGUGUGGACAGAGCUUUAUUCAGAGAUCAGGUCUACGUUCACAUCAACGAACUCACACUGGAGAGAAACCCUAUACAUGCCUGGAGUGUGGAAAGAGUUUCACUCAGAGACAUAAUCUGCAGCAACAUGAAAGGACUCACACUGGAGAGAAACCUUAUACAUGCCUGGAGUGUGAACAGAGCUUCACUCAUAGUUCAGGUCUACGUUCACAUCAACGGACUCACACUGGGGAGAAACCCUAUAAAUGCCUGGAGUGUGGAAAGAGUUUCACUCAUAGUUCAGCUCUACGUAAACAUCAACGGACUCACACUGGGGAAAAACCAUAUACAUGCCUGGAGUGUGGAAAGAGUUUCACUCAGAGGCAGAAUCUGCAGCAACAUGAAAGGACUCACACUCGAGAGAAACCUUAUACAUGCCUGGAAUGUGGACAGAGAUUUAUUAAGAGUUCAGGUUUACAGUCACAUCAACGGACUCACACUGGGGAAAAACCCUAUACAUGCCUAGAGUGCAGAAAGAGUUUCACUCAUAGGCAAAAUCUGCAGCAACAUGAAAGGAUUCACACUGGAGAAAAACCCUAUACAUGCCUGGAUUGUGGAAAGAGCUUUAUACAGAGUUCAGGUCUACGUUCACAUCAAAAGACUCACACUGGGGAAAAACCCUAUACAUGCCUGGAGUGUGGAAAGAGUUUCACUCAGAAGCAGAAUCUGCAACAACAUGAAAGGACUCACACUGGAGAAAAACCCUAUACAUGCCUGGAGUGUGGACAGAGCUUCACUGAUUUUUCAGGUCUACGUUCACAUCAACGGACUCACAGUGGGGAAAAAUCCUAUACAUGCCUGGAUUGUGGACAGAGCUUCACUCAUAGUUCAGGUCUACGUUCACAUCAACGGACUCACACUGGGGAAAAACCCUAUACAUGCCUGGAGUGCGGAAAGAGUUUCACUCGGAGGGAUUAUCUGCAGCAACAUGAAAGGAGUCACACUGGGGAGAAACCCUAUACAUGCCUUGAGUGCGGAAAGAGCUUCACUGGGAGUGGAAAGCUACGUUUGCAUCAAAGGACUCACACUGGGGAGAAACCCUAUACAUGCCUGGUGUGUGGAAAGUGUUUCCCUCAGAGGCAUCAUCUGCAGCAACAUGAAAGGACUCACACUGGAGAGAAACCCUAUACAUGCCUAGAGUGCGGAAAGUGUUUGGCUGAUAAUAGAAGCCUACGCUCACAUCAACGGAUUCACACUGGAGAGAAACCCUAUACAUGCCUGGAGUGUGGCCAGAGCUUCAGUCAUAGAUUUAGUCUAUGUUUACAUCAACGGACUCACACUGGGGAAAAACCCUAUACAUGCCUGGAGUGCGGAAAGAGCUUCACUGAGAGUGGAAGCCUACGUUCGCAUCAACGGACUCACACUGGAGAGAAACCCUAUAAAUGCCUGGAGUGUGGAAAGAGCUUCACUCAGAGUUCAGGCCUACGUUCACAUCAACGGACUCAUACUGGGGAGAAACCCUAUACUUGCCUGGAGUGUGGACAGAGUUUCACUCAGAGGCAUCAUCUGCAGCAACAUGAAAGGACUCAUACUGGAGAGAAACCUUAUACAUGUCAAACCACGGUUAGUAGUACGCCCGUAUAGUUUGAUUUGCAGAGUGAGGAAGAUUGUUAGCCUUUAUCCUGUGAAGGAUAUAACAGCCCCUUUUUACUCUGGGUUUCCCUGAACUCAAACCCUAACGAAGGAAAAAAAAAAAACACUUUAGUUUCUACUUUAAAGCAUAGCUGGACUAAAGUUUCUACUUUAGGCCGGGCUGUGGCGCAGGCUGGAUAGCAAGCCAGCUGCAACAAAUCACUCUGACCAAGAGGUCAUGAGUUCGAGGCCAGCCCGUGCCUGCGUCUUGUCUAUGUUCUAUGUUAUGGCAUUGAAUGUUUGACUUUAUGUGUGCAAUGUGGUCCGCCCUGAGUCCCCUUUGGGGUGAGAAGGGCGGAAUAUAAAUGCUGUAAAUAAGUAAAUAAAUUCACUUAAAAAUAAGAAAAAUUUACAGCACAAUUCAUAGCAGCUUUCCUUAGCACAUUGAAAUACAAACAAAUACUCAGUACAGUAGUACCUAACAGCCAACACCAGUGGCUAGCAGUCAGUACCCACUGGUAAAUAGCCAAUAAACAGGUAUAAAAUAUAAACUUAUAUUGAAUUUAAUACAAUAAGUACAGAAUUUACAAUAUAAUGUUAAUGCUCCAUACAUCAAAAUGAAUAUAAUACCAAAUAAUGCUUCCUCCAUACAUAAAUUUGCCACCUGUGAAAUCAGUCAGUUGAACCAAAGAGCAUGUAGAACACACGACCAGUUUUGACUCUUAGUCUUCCUCGGGUGAAUUUAUCUGAGAAAAUUAUAAUGAAUUAACAGGAGCGUAUAACAUAUCCACACAAAUACAGUUAUAAAUCUGAUAUAAGUACUCAGAAUUGUACAUUCACAUGAAACUCCCUUUACAUUCCUCUCUCAAGUUUGUGUUCUUAGAUAUUUUUUCAAUGGUGGGUACUGAACAAAAAGAACAAACAGUGGCUAUAACAAAAUCAAAAGCUUAAAAUGUCAGUUUCAAAAGUUUAUAUACAUAUCUGUAUACACACAGUGUCUGUGAAUUUAUGUAUUUCUGCAACACUCUUCUGACUCUCUGUUAGUUCUUAUUGCGAGUAUAGAAUGUUCUUUGGGAUCACCUGUAAUAUAAUGGGAAAAAUUAUCAUCAGGUGGGAUGAUUUCAAGUACCAGCUAGACUGUAUGUAUCCAUUUAAAGUGAUACUACACUUGAUCUUAGCCAAAAGGCCGAGAAACUUGCUCUUUUAUCUGACUUUUAUGGGAACUGCGAUUCCCCUUUCGGGCACCUAUGCCCAUUUCUAUAUAUUCUGGUCAUAGACCGUAAUAAAUUGCUACAAUAGGCUAUCCAUUUAAAGUGAGAAGGAGUUACUGAAUGUCAAGAGUCAGACGCCAGUUAACAUACAAAACAGAGUUUAUUCCGAAGAUAAGCCAGAAAAUAACAUAAACACAGGAAAUAUCCUUGAAACACUUCACUUUUCAGUGUUUCGAGAGUAGAUUGGACAAUAAUAACUCAAAAACGAGCCACGCUAAUUUCCCAUGCUGGCAUUCAAUAAAAAAUUAAAUAACGCUUCAAUUCAGCUUUGGAAAACAAAUAGAGUUAAUUGCUGGAAAAUAAACAAACUAGAAAAGCAAUAAAGCUGCUUCCACGGUGCAGAUAAGCUGAAAGCCUCAAAGGGAUGAUGAAUAGCCGUCGUCAGAGGAAUCCAAGGUCAGGUCAGGAGGCAGCAGAAAUUCCGAAAGACAAACCAAUAGUCAGAAGCCGGGAGUAGCCGUCAGUCAGAGGGUGUAGACAGAAGCCAGGUCAAAUUCAAUCCAAAGUCCGAAGAGGGUGCAGUCAUCCAAAACAGGUCCACGAUAAGACACAGCGAGAGCCAAGCUAGGUGAUAUCAGCAGAUUCAAAUCAUAGUCCAAGUCCAGUCUUCAUGGAAACACAGAGAUCCCAAUGGCGCCUCAGCAACACCUUGCCACACGCAAAGUGCAGUGGCCAAACAUUCCCAUUUUAUUCCCCUUCCUCCUAGGUGACCAAACACUCACACCCAAACACCAGGUGUCCCAAAUCUACUCAGAGUCUGAACUCCACACAGCUAGAGCUCGUGGAUCUGGAGUACCUAGCAAUUCGUCGGAGUCCCAAUCAUCCUGCCCACACUUAGCCCCAUGAACACUUAAAAUCAUAGAAUCAUAGAACCAUCCUCCCUUCUCCAAGCAUCCCAAUUGGGAUCAGCUCCUGCAGAAACCCCAGGUUCAGAAGUAUCCAUAGGCCCCAAAUCCCCAGACAUCUCCGGUGGCUGUGCCCAUUCAGUGCCCGCUUCCCCAGCCACCACCUGUUCCUCAGCAUCCAUCUCCCCAUCUGAAUCUUCCUCAGAAGAUCCCCCAUAUAGCUCUCUAAGUCGCUUCCUGCGCAACUCCUCCAGUGAACCCUCAUCACGAGGGUUUUUUCUUCCUCUUCGAAUUCCAUCACCAUCAACCAUAAUCCCCGAAGGCGCAGUCACAACACUGAAUAUAAUGAUAUAUAUGCCUACAACCACCAGAUGGGGCUGAUUGUAUUCACAGUAUAGUUGUAAUUUAUAGUAUGUUAAAUUUACCAAAGUACAGGCUCACAUGAAGCAACAUUUAGACCACAAGGGUGCUCAAUUUGUAACUUGAACAUCCAGUACGAUUAUCUUUAUAAGAAUUUAGUAUUGUAAUCCAUAUGUUUAGGUUGUGUCACCACUUCUAAUAUGUGAAAUUUAAAUGAUUCUGAGCUGUGUUGUUGAUCAUGAAAGUGUUUGUAGAGUAUCGAUUAUCUAGACUGAUUCCUGAUUCUGCUUUUGUGUUCAAUAAUCCUGGAUUUUACUGCCCGUUGUCCAAACGUAUCUCCUCCUAUGAGCCAGGAAGAUCCCUAAGGUCAUCUGGUGAGGCCCUGCUCUCGAUCCCACCUGCGUCACAAGUGCGGCUGGCGGGAACGAGAGACAGGGCCUUUUCGGUGGUGGCUCCCCGGCUGUGGAACACCCUCCCCAGAGAUAUAUGACAAGCACCAACCCUUUUGAGCUUUAGAAGAGCGCUAAAAACAUGGCUGUGUGCUCAGACCUUUAAUGAAUAAACAACAAAGACUACCUGGACUGAUUUAUGGAUAAAGCAUGAGGAUCUUGGAUGAACGGAUUUAACCAUAUGUCUUAUAUUUUAUUUUGUAUUUAAUUGUUCUUAAUGGAUUUUAUAUAUUGUUACGAUUUUAACUAUGUUGUCGACAUCAAAUUGGUGCCAAUUGUGUAAGCUGCCCUGAGUCCCUCCGGGUGAGAAGGGCGGGAUAUAAAUGCUGGAAAUAAAUAAAUAACUCCCUUUGUACUACAAGUAGCACAGUGGGUGUAUUUAAAAGCUGAA